AGGUCAGCCACGCCCCCUUUCCCUUGCAGUGGGGGAUCAGGGGCUGCCUCGCCUCGAGCCCCCCCCGGGACGGGGGGAGGGGCCGCGGUUGGAGGUGCCGCCAUCCCCCUCUCUCUGGGCAGGCGGAGGUGUGAGCCCCAUCCCCCCCACAAUGCAGUGCGCGGCGCGGCUGACAUGGCGGCCGGGCCGGAUUGAGCCGCUCGCAUCGGGGCCUCCAGAGCCGGGCAUGGGGGGGGCGCAGCCUCAGCGCCCCUAGGGCAGCAGCCAGCAGACAAUCAGCCAGAUUCCUGUGCCCAAACAGUGGACUUUAAUUGACAUCAUAUUACUGGAGAAUUGCGUUUCAAGUAGUCUCAAGUGACGGAAGAAGCAGGUCUUCACUAUGAUGGAAGAGGCCAAGAGCUCAAAAAAUGGAAAUCAUGACCCAAGAAAGUCUACCCGUGUUGUCUGUGAAGAAGGCAAAGCAGUCAGAGUUAUAAACAAUCAGAAUUAUAAACACAAUAGAAAUGAUAAAUCUGUAAAAGAUGCUGGGAGAAGUUCUCCAAGUGGAAGCAGUAGCAAAAAGAGUAAACAAAAUGAUGUUUGUUCUGAAAAAUCAGGAGAAAAUAAAUCAUGUAAAGUAAAUAGUUGCAUUCCUGGAUCUAAAGAUGUGGGGUCAAACCUUCAGGAUCGAAGUCAUGGCAAAGCAAAAAAAAUAUCUUAUUUACCAGCAGCAGUAGAAAACCUGAAACAGACAAAAGUUCAGCAGACAGGAGAAAAGUCUCUAAACUCCCAUAUUUCUGGGAAUGGAAUCAGUAUGGAAACCUUACCAGCUACACAAAGAGGGAAAUUGGUAUUGGAAAAUACACCAGGAGUUCAUAUGUCAAAAACAAGCAUGGAUCAGACUGGUGACUCUGGUAAGACAGUUUCAAAUCAAAGAACAGUGGAGCACAAGUCUGAUGACUUCAGCAUAAUGAAGAAUCCUGAAUCAGCUAAAGAACAUAAUUUGGAGACUGAGUAUUUAGAAAACACUGUUGUAAUUGAUGAGUCUACUCUGACAGCAGAACAGCAGCUAGGCUUGAAACAAGCAGAAGAGCGACUGGAAAGAGAUUAUAUCUCCCGACUGGAAAAACGCUCCCCAGAAUAUGCCAACUGCCAGUAUCUAUGCAAACUCUGCUUGGUUCACAUUGAAAAUAUCCAGGGAGCUCACAAGCACAUUAAAGAAAAACGCCAUAAGAAAAAUAUAAUGGAAAAACAGGAAGAAAAUGAGCUGCGUGGCCUCCCACCUUCCUCCCCUGCACAGGUGGCUGCUUUGACUUUUACGCUCAUGGAGGCAGCAAAUGAACAAGGCAUAUCAGAUGGUGACUUCAGAAUCCGCCAAGAAAUUGUAAACGAGAUGGAGAAGAUUAUUCAACAGCCCUUACCAGAGUGUUCACUGAGGAUGUAUGGCUCCUGUCUAACUAGAUUUGCUUUUAAAACCAGUGAUGUUAAUAUUGACAUAAAAUUUCCCUCCAAGAUGAGUCACCCGGAUGUUCUGAUACAGGUGCUUGACAUUUUAAAAAACUCUGCUUUUUACUCAGAUGUGGAGUCUGAUUUCCAUGCCAAAGUUCCUGUUGUCUUUUGCAAAGAUGUUAAAAGUGGUUUAACUUGUAAAGUGAGUGCUAGAAAUGAUGUGGCCUGUCUUACAACUGACUUGCUGGCUGCACUUGGCAAACUGGAACCUGUCCUUGCUCCCUUGGUGUUGGCUUUCCGCUACUGGGCUAGAUUGUGCCAUAUUGACUGCCAGGCAGAAGGUGGGAUUCCCUCAUAUUCUUUUGCCUUAAUGGUGAUAUUUUUUCUUCAACAAAGAAAACCACCCAUUUUACCAUCCUAUUUAGGCACUUGGAUUGAAGGCUUUGAUUUAAAGAGGGCAGAUGACUACACACUGAGAGGUAUAGAAGAGGAGAAGUUUUUAAGAUGGGAGUACAAGCCAGCGAAUAAUGGAGCGGGGAAAAAUUCAAGUGGUGUAGAAGACAAAGCUAAAGCUGAACAGCAAAAAGGUGGUAAGAAGUCAACAAGCUCAGAAACGGACAACCAAAGUAAUGCGAAGGAGAAACAUGGCAAAUCUCCCUUAGCAUUUGAAAAACCCCACCAAAUAUCCCUGGGGCAACUGUGGUUAGAACUGUUGAAGUUUUACACACUGGAAUUUGCUUUGGAGGAAUAUGUCAUCAGCGUACGGGUACAAGAACUCUUAACCAGAGAGAACAAAAACUGGCCUAAAAGGCGAAUAGCCAUUGAAGAUCCUUUUGCACUAAAGAGGAAUGUUGCACGAAGCCUAAAUAGCCAGAUGGUGUUUGAGUACAUCCUGGAGCGAUUCAGGACAGCGUAUAAAUAUUUUGCAUGUCCACAAACUAAAGAUGGGAUUAAAUCCAAAUCAGAUACCAAGAAAAAAGAAAAGGAAAAAAUUAGCAGCAAGAAAUCUGCAAAAUCUGGAGAAACUGUAGCCAACUGUUGCCUUCCACAGGGAGAAAACUUUUUAGAGAAACAGAAUGCAGGAAAUGGAUGUAGUGUACAAGAAUAUGAACUUGAAUGUAAUGAAGUAGAAUUUACAUCCAAGAAAUGUAUUUCUGAGAACACAGACAGUUUGUUAGUAAAUAAGACAGAUGCGUUGGAUUCCAAUUAUGAUGAAGACGGAGAGGAAACAAUAUCUCUUAUUUCUAAAGAAUGCUGUGAAUUAAAGCAAAAAUCACUCAAAGAGGAAGAUGAUCUAGAGCUUUCAGAAAUUUGUCUAACUAAGGACAAGCUAAGCCACCAUUGUAAUUGCAGUGAACGUUGGUUCCAUGACCCAAAUUCUGUUAAUGAAUUUGUUGAUGUUGAAAGUGGACAGAGUUCAGUAAUGGAGUGUUCACAGAAGAAUAAGUGCACUAGCACAUCAGCUACCUCCCACAACUGCAAAGCAAUGGUAGAUGUUUGUAACCUUAAAGAUGAAGAUAAACUCUCCGGAGAAGAAAUGCAUUAUGUGUUUGAUAAAUUUAUUUUGACUUCUGGAAAGCCUCCAACUAUAGUAUGCAGCAUCUGCAAACGUGAUGGCCAUUCCAAAAAUGACUGCCCAGAGGAUUUUAAGAAAAUUGAUCUAAAACCACUACCACCAAUGACAAACAGAUUUCGGGAAAUACUUGAUAUAGUAUGUAAGAGAUGCUUUGAUGAAUUAUCACCUCCUUUCUCUGAGCAACAAAACAGAGAACAAAUUCUGGCAAGUUUGGAAAGAUUUAUUAGAAAAGAAUACAACGAUAAAGCCAGACUGUGCUUAUUUGGCUCUUCAAAAAAUGGAUUUGGAUUCCGGGACAGUGAUCUAGAUAUCUGCAUGACCUUGGAAGGCCAUGAAAAUGCAGAGAAACUAAAUUGUAAGGAAAUAAUUGAAGGUUUGGCAAAAAUUCUUAAAAAGCAUCCAGGUUUAAAAAACAUCUUGCCUAUAACAACAGCCAAAGUGCCUAUAGUAAAAUUUGAACACAGACGGAGUGGCUUAGAGGGAGACAUCAGCUUAUACAAUACACUAGCACAGCAUAACACAAGAAUGCUGGCUACAUAUGCAGCUAUUGAUCCUAGAGUGCAAUAUUUGGGAUAUACAAUGAAAGUUUUUGCUAAGCGCUGCGACAUUGGAGAUGCAUCCAGAGGAAGCCUAUCUUCAUAUGCGUAUAUCCUGAUGGUGUUGUACUUUCUGCAACAGAGAAAUCCCCCAGUUAUCCCAGUUCUUCAGGAGAUAUUUGAUGGAAAACAGAUUCCUCAGAGAAUGGUUGAUGGGUGGAAUGCCUUUUUCUUUGAUGACAUGGAAGAGCUGAAGAAGCGUUUGCCUUCACUUGGAAAGAACACUGAGUCACUUGGAGAACUCUGGUUAGGGUUGCUGCGAUUCUACACUGAAGAAUUUGACUUCAAGGAAUAUGUGAUCAGCAUUCGGCAGAAGAAACUGCUAACCACCUUUGAGAAACAGUGGACAUCCAAAUGUAUUGCCAUUGAAGAUCCUUUUGACUUGAAUCAUAAUCUUGGUGCUGGAGUCUCCAGAAAAAUGACCAAUUUCAUAAUGAAGGCAUUUAUCAAUGGGAGAAAACUGUUUGGUACCCCAUUCUAUCCAGUCCUGGGAAGAGAAGCUGAAUACUUCUUUGACUCCAAAGUAUUGACAGAUGGCGAGCUGGCACCCAAUGAUAGAUGCUGCCGUGUCUGUGGAAAAAUUGGUCACUACAUGAAAGACUGUCCAAAAAGGAGAAGGCUGAAGAAGAAGGAGAAUGAGAAAGACGAUGAAAAAGAAGUGAAGGAAGAGGACAGGGAGACUAGAGAGAAGAGAUGUUUCAUCUGUGGGGAUGUGGGACAUGUUCGAAGGGAUUGUCCUGAAUUCAAACAAACUCGACAGAGAACUAACAGCGUUCCAGGUGCCCAGUUGGUCCGAAGCUUGGUAAAUGCACAGCUAGUGACAGGUUCAGUUCAACAGCAAGUGGAACGACCAUUACGUACCAGACAACCAUCAGAAUGUUCUGAUUCGCAUCAGUCAUCUUACUCUCCACAGCCUCAGCAAUUUACACAGAAUUCCUCUCAACCAGCCUCUAUUAACCAGGCUCAGCCACAACCAAUGUCCCAGUCUAAGCACGUUCCACAGCCACAGCAGGGUGCACAGCCACCCCAUCAGGUCCAGCUGCCUUUGUUUAACUUUACCCAAUCUCCCCCAGGUCAGUAUUCCACCUUGCAUAACCUGGGACUACUUCAGAUGCACCAUCACCACCAAAUUCAGCUUCCCAACACUUCGUGGCCUAUUCAUGGGCCCGUUAUUCAUUCUGCACCGGGUAACCCUCCUCAUUCAACAAAUGUUCCAUUUUCUGUGAGGUCUGGCAGCAGCAACACCACAAAUAACCAGAGCAGUGUAAGCUUGAAUGAUCCCAGUAUCAUCUUUGCACAGCCUGCUGCCAGGCCCAUGGGAAUUCCCAGCACUUCUCAUGAGGGACACUGGCACAACCCCGUGACUCCAAACUCACUGGUGAACAAUGGCACUGUGGGGAAUUCAGAACAGGGUUUCCAAGGACAGUUUGGUAAAAUGAACCCUCCUUCUGUCUCUUGGGACCAUGGGACCCCUACCCAUUUUCCUCUCCUUCGAGGAGUGUGGCCUUACAAUAUGCCUCAGAACUACAUGCAGCAGGGAAAUGCCAGCUAUCCACCGAACAAACCUUUCUACCCUCAAGCUGGUCCACUGAUGCAGAAUAACCAGCGGUUCUCGCUUCUGUCUCAAGGACACCCACACUUGAAUAUGAAUUACAUUCAACAGAAAAAAUGAAAUGUAAUGGGAGGGGGGAGAAAAAUCAGGUUCUGAUUUAAAAUCUUAAUGCAACAUGUUUAGAUACAAGAUUAUUUAAGACUUUUUAAACUGUAUCAUUUGUAUAUAGAUAUGAUCUAUAGUUUUUACUAGUAUCACAAAAUUGAGUGAUACAAAUUUCAUCUAUUUUAUUACCCUAUUUUUAAGGGCAAUUGUGUUUUUGUUUUAUCUUGGUAAACUGUAAAGAGAGAAUUUUUAAAAUUAAGUUCUUUAUUUUCUAUUAGCUGUAUUCAUACUUUGGUUGCUUCAAACUUUAUAUAUAUUGUUCUAAAAAUAAAAUUAGAAAGGGAUUUCAUGUGUUUUAAAAAAAUUGUCACUUCUAUUCUUUACAGAACUAUGUAGUGCCAAAAAAAUUUUUAAAGGAGAAAAUAAAACAAGUGCAAAACCAGGA